AUGUCAGUGUCCCUUAUUGGCACUGUCAUCAUCUACACUCUCAACGUCACUCAACGAGCUGCCAAGAUGCUUGGAUUGUGUUUUGUUGCGGUAUUUGCCGUCAACAUUCCUCUAUGCUUGAGUCUUGUAACCUCCAAUAUCGCUGGCGCUACGAAGAGAAGUACAGUCAGUGUGGGUGUCUUUGCUGCUUAUUGUGUGGGCAACAUUGUUGGCCUCCAGUUCUUCUUGGCUAGUGAAGAGCCCAAAUACCCGACUGGUAUUCGAGCUUCGCUGUGUGGCUUUGCAAUUGGUAUCUUGUUUCUGAUUCUGCUCCUUGCUUACUACAUCUGGGAGAAUAAACGACGAGACUCUCAGCAGGGUGCGGGAGCUGACACUGAUGAUAAUGGUGAUUACAUCGAAGAACGAAGCGGUCGAACAGAUAGACAGAUAUCUGGUUUCCGCUAUGUUUUAUAA